AAAGCAUGCAGUGUUCUAGACAGCCCCCAUGACGUGAGAAACAUUUGUUAUAAGACAAACAUGAAUAAUGUAGUUUUUUAGAUCACACCUAGAUAUUAUUCGACAGUUCUAACAAUGGACCCAUAUCUUUUCCUAAGCUUGUUUGGACUCACAACUUUGGUUGGCAAUGGAAUCGUACAAGGGCAAAUGGGACAUAUGCAACAGAUGGGACUCUCCAACCAAAGACGUAAUUUUCCAGCGCGGACGGGAAGGUUGCUUGGUUCUGGAAAUGGUAAUGGCCAAGCUGUGAGCAAUCCAAACGUAAUGACCUUUUCACACUCAAUGAGUUCUAAUAAUAUGGGACCAGGAGUGGUGGAUAAUCAAGGACCUCAGGGAACAGGAGCCGGAAACGGAAUGUCAGGACAUAGUCAAGAUAUGACAGGACUAGUCCAGGGAACGACGGUACAUGAUCCAGGAAUGUCAGGACAAAACAACGGAAUGUCAGGUCAAGGUCAAGGAAUGUCAGCACAUAACACCAACGGAAUGGGAGGUCAAGGCAACAACGGUAUGUCAGGACCAGGCAAUAACGGAAUGUUAGGACCAGGUAACAACGGAAUGGGUGGACAAGGCCACAACGGAAUGGGAGGGCAAGGAAUGAAUAUGGGUAAUGGCAUGGGUGGAGGAGGAAUGGGAUUUGGAAUGAUGGGUGGUGGAAUCGAUCCUUCAGCUUUGAUGGGAGGUACAGGGAACAGCUGGAUGCAAAUGCGAAUGGCUAUGAAUAGUGAUAUGCCACAUAUGUUCAUGGGUACAAGAAACUGGGUGCAACAUCGGGCAUGUGAAAAAACACCAAGUAUAGCUAAUCAAUUGUGUAAUCCCGCUACACCAAAUGCAUGUCAAGCUGCAAGUUCUAUGUUGUCUGCAAGCAUGCCUAUGGGAAUGAUGGGAAUGAUGGGUAUGGGAGGAGGAGGACGACAGCAGCAGCAACAACAACAGAGAAACAUGCUAGUUUGUAGUCGUAUGAACGAACAUGGACAUGCCAGAUGUUGUGCUAAAACAAUGGCAUAUGCAAGAUAUUUAGAUACAAUGUUUAAAUAAAUACUACAAACUACGACAGCAGCGACAGUGUCAGCGCAUUUGGGGGACUGAGUGGUAGUGCAUGCUGUGGUGUGAAUCAAGACCAGAAUGCAGUAUUAAAGAUGGUCGACUCAUCUCGUGAUAUUCAUGUAAUCACCAUAAUUUAAUGUCAAACAUUAUCAUUGUUUUGUUGUUUUCAUUUUUUUCAGUAGUUUAUGUUUUGGUUUUCUUAAAUAAAUGAAUGGCCGGUCUA